CAAGAACCAAAAAGCAAGAUCAAAUCCAAGCAACCACUCCCAAUCUCCCAAAGGCACAUACAUACAAGAAACAACCAAAACCCAAACCAACUCAACUUGAGAAAAACAUCACAUCUCAAAAGCUCAAUCACUCUCAAGUUUCAUCUUUUGUUUCCAUCCCAAAAUGGAAGAAGAGGAGCAAGCUACAUCCUCACCCUUCUGGCUCCAAAACUCCAGCUCCGGCCGCCGCCGCCUCCGCCGCUCAUACUCCCUAUUUGCCACCUCCGGCACCCUUCUCAUAUGCCUUGUGGUGAUUGCACUCGCCUUCAUCCUCGUCCUCAUUCCCACACUGCAGUCCUUCACCUCCCACAUUUUCAAACCUCAAUCAGUGAAGAAGAGCUGGGAUUCCCUCAACCUCAUCCUUGUUCUCUUUGCAAUCCUCUGUGGUUUUCUUAGCAGAAACAACACCGCCACAAACAACAAUGAAACCCCACGUUCCUAUGAAGAUAAUCAAAGCUUCUCUGACACAAAACCAUGGUUUGAGGAGAACCCUGAUCCAACCCCUUAUUACAGGUUGAAAAGUUUCAAUUCCUACCCUGAUCUCCGGCAAGAAUCUUCGUGGGGGAAUGAACGGUGGCGAUUUUCUGAUGAUACCCGUGUUAAUGGCUACCGUGGAUUGGACAUGGACACUGCAAAUAAGGAAGAAGAAGAAGAAAAAGAACAGAGCAUAGAGAAACAGAGCACUGAAAAACAGAGCAUUGAGAAACAGAGCAUCAUGAAACAAAGCAUCAAGAACAUUGAAGUGGACACUUUUGAAGCUAUUAGCAAUGUUGGAAGAAACAAGGAGAAAGCGAUUGAGAAACCAAAACUGAAAGGAUCUGAAUCUGAUACUGAAAAGUUGUUACAAGCUAGGGAGAAGAAGAAGAAUAACAAAGCAAGUGCAACCAAAGAGUUGUUGGCAUCUUUGAAGGGAAAGAAGAAGAAACAGAGAAGCAGAAGCGUUGAGAAUUUUCAGAGCAUGCUGAAUUCUGAUCAACCACCUUUUCCUCUGCCGUCACACCCUCCAACACCUCCGCCACUGCCAUCUCCAUCUUCAGAUUUUCAUAACCUGUUCUAUUCAAAGAAGAGAAAGCAUAAGAAGCUGAUCUCUGCAUCGCCGCCGCCACAGCCACCGCCACUACCACCGUCACGUCAUUUAUCUUCCAAGCUUGUAUCCAAAACCAAACCUCUUCAUCAGGGUGUGGUAAACAAGGAAGAGAGUUUCUUUGCCUUGGAGGAAAAAGUACUACUUACUGGAAAUGAGUCACCUCUGAACUCAAUACCUCCGCCGCCACCACCGCCUCCACCAUUCAAAAUGCCGGUGUGGAAGUUCAGGGUGCAGGGUGAUUUUGUAAGGAUAGAUAGCAUUAAGAGUAGUUUUCCAGAUUCAGAUGAAGGUGUGGACUCAGCAACCGGUGAAGAUGGUGAAAUUCAAUUGUUCUAUGCAAGUCCUGAUGUUGAUAGCAAAGCUGAUAAUUUCAUUGAAAGGUUCAGAGCUGGUUUGAGGAUAGAGAAGAUGAAUUCCACCAAGGAGAAGCAGGGGUUAGGGAAGUCCAAUCUAUGGCCCGGACUAAGUUGAAUUGGAAAUCCUUAUACAAUUGAUUCUGAUGCCAAAAUCAAUUUCAGAGAGAAGCUGAGAAUGAGCAUAGCUUCUCAGUGCCGGAAUUGAUUUUAAAGAAUGAGAAAUAGAUACAAUCAUACAAAAAUACUAUUAGUUCUUUAAUUGAUUUUUUUUUUUGUAUUAUUUUGAGAUUUUUUUUCUGAAGUAUGCAUUGAGUUUAAAUUCAUACAGACUAUAGUGGAAUAUAAGUAUUAGUUUUUUUCUAUGAGAAUUCUAGCAUACAUGCAUGAUACAGCUCUUGUUUUUCUUCUUAUUAAAUUGUAUUGAACAAA